AUUCAUUGAAAAAUAAACAAUAAAAACAAAUAUUAUUUAACAUAGAAAAAAAUAAAUUUUCUUAAAUUGAAAGAAACAAAAUGUGGCCGCUUCUUUUAGCUGUUUUGCGUCGAAAUGCUGUCUACAUCACACUUCCCAUUGCAGGAGUGGUAGGAUUUAUAGGAUAUAAUUUAGAAAGUUUGCUUUCUGACAAAUAUACACCGUACAGCAAAUCUGUCCAGGAAAAUCGAGCCGAACGUCUAACAGAAGAUGACAUUCUGGCAAAUGCUGGUCACGUGGAUAAGUUACGCUUAAAAGAAAAUGUCUUAGAACGAAAUUUACCUCCAUCUUUACAAAAGAAAAUCUGAAUGACUGGACACACAACCACCGCAUUUAAAAAUAAAUUUGGGACACAUUGGAAAGAA